GCAUUCCGCCGGUAGAGGCUCUGCUCGGUCGGAGCCACACACGGACUGGAUCUCGCAACGGCCAGAACCGGAGUCACCUAACGGUCGUGUUUUCAACCGGUUUCAACGUCUGCGCGGGGAUGGCGAUGCACACCGGCCGAGCGGAGUGAAACAGUUCGACGCAUUUGUUUCCGCCCUGCUAUGUCCAAGUGGUUUUCACACACAUGACCCGCCAUUUUGUUAAAUCGUGUACAAAUGUCAUCCUUGUUCCCGACAGUGACCGUUAGUCCGUGUUUUCCCGCCGCCCCCUCAGCUCGCAAGGAGCAGUGGGGAAAACAAACAGGUCGAACGGAGGAAGAUCGGUAGCCGGUUUAAUUUGGAGGUUGUUUAGCGGCGAAUGAAUCGUUUUCAUGUUGCGGGCUUUUAUCGGGUGUUAAUUCUGAGUUCUCGUUCAGUUUUUCGGUGCUUUUUAAGACGCCGUUUGGAGCUUUCGCCCUCCGAGUAUGUUGCCGCUUUCUAACAUUUUAUCAGGGCUGUUGGAGCGCGUAGUCUAUCCGCUGCGGUUUUGUGUUUUUCCCGACGUUGUUUACCGGUUGUAAUUCGACGUUUAAUGGUUUAAAUUCACCGGUUCGCCGGCUCUGAGUUCAACGAGACACUUUUCGACAUGCAUACGAGGCGUUUAGUGAAGCGGUCGAUCCUCGGCAGCCGUGUUUAUGCGCCGAGUCCGACGGGGGACGGUGCCCCGGUGACAGGAGUGGUCCAGGCUGUCAAGCAGGAAAACAGAGACGUCUCGGCCGCGGGAGCUCGGCGCAGCGUCUACACUGUGCUCAUGCAAGACGGCAGCCUGAAGGAGUUCUACGAGGAGGAGAUAGCCGCCGGGUUCAACCACACUACAGCCAAAGUACCGCUCAAGUCCAGCUUGAAGCAGAGCUCCAGUAACGGAGCUCCAGAGAGCCAGAAGGUGGAAGGCGGCUCCCUCAGCCCAGAGGCAGUGGAGGAGCAGCGGAUGGCAGACAGCAAGCGUAUUGGCCGGGACCCCGAUACCCGAUCAGUGUCCUUGCUAGAGCAGAAACGCAAAGUGGUUUCCUCCAGCAUUGAUGUCCCUCACGCCAGACGGUCAGAGGAGGAAGUGGAUAUGGACAAGGUGACGGCUGCCAUGGUGCUGACAAGCCUCUCCACCAGCCCACUGGUCAGGAGUCCACCUGUCAAAGUCAACGAAGGUCUGAGUGGUUCAUGGAAGGACAACGGUUCAGCUGGCCCCUUCACUCCGUCCAGCAACAGCUCUUCAGGGGGCUACUGGAGCUGGUCUGCCCCCAGUGACCAGUCCAACCCUUCUACACCUUCCCCGCCACUCUCGGCUGACAGCUUCAAGCCCUUCCGUGUGCCCAGUCUGGGCGGUGUGGGACCCGGCCCUGCAGGGCCUGAAGACCCCAGCCUGGACGAGCAGGACGGAAGCAGCCUGCUCUUUGAUGAGCCCAUCCCUCGCAAGCGCAAGAACUCCAUGAAGGUGAUGUUCAAAUGCCUGUGGAAGAACUGUGGUAAGGUGCUGAGUACAGCUGCUGGUAUCCAGAGACACAUCCGUACCAUCCACCUGGGGCGUAACUGUGACUCGGACUGCAGCGACGGCGAGGAGGAUUUCUACUACACGGAGAUCAAGCUCAAUACGGACUCGGUGGCCGACGGGCUGAGCAGCCUGUCCCCCGUGUCCCCAUCCGUCCUCUCUCCCCCUCCUCCUCCCCCCUCUCCUCUCCCUUCUCUCAGCCAGCUGCCGGACUCCCACAGACCUCCGCAGUCUUCUGACACCAAGGAGCCUCACGCUAGCGGCACCACCCCGCUCAGCCGCUCUGCGCCUAGCGCACUCUACCUCAUCCACACGGACCACGCCUACCAGGCCACGGCUCCCGUGUCCAUCCCGUCCAGCAACAGUAACUCUGCCGGCUCAGCCUCUACCAGCUUCACUCCCACCAACAGCUCCAGCUUUAGCAUCUCCUGGCAGUCACCGCCCGUCACUUUCACUGGGAACUCGGUGUCGCCCAGCAAAAGCCAGAGCUUCGGUGAACAGCGCUCCCAGACCAUCGCCGUCCUCUCGUCCCCUCCCAGAGCAACCACCGCCCUCAGUCGGAAGGUGCGUGGAGAAGGGAAGAAGUGCCGUAAGGUAUACGGGAUGGAGAACCGCGACAUGUGGUGCACCGCCUGCCGCUGGAAAAAGGCCUGCCAGAGAUUCACCGACUGAGCGUUUCCUCGCCAACAUCGCAGCGCGCCACGCCAACAGGCUCUGCUGCCUUUUCGCCGGAGAACUGGGGGAGGGGCAUCAUUUUGCAUGCAUUUGGUUUUCUUCAACUCAAAGUCGCAACUGUCCAUCAAGGUCCAGCUUCGCCCCCUGUCGUCACCCUCCUCAGCUUCACUGAACCAUUCCAGCUGUGGAAGGAACCAAAGGACAGCGGAGUCCCCUUUUUACAUUGCCGUCCAGGAUUCUCAGUACUGCCUCGCCAUUCCCAUCAUUCCCGCUUUUGGGGAAACCCCAGUGCAGCUAAACAGUGUAGAAAAAAGAAAAAAAUAGAUCUCCUCUUAUGUUUUUUAUGUUGGGUUCAGUGUUGCAUCUUUCUAUGUUUUGUAAAGCUCUGGUUUUUAAAUGGAAAGUCUGGUCAAAGAAGGGGUCCAGAAAAGAAGGCCAAAAGCUUUUUUGUGUUUUGUCAAAAAACUUUUUUAUCCAAAAGAAGAAUGGGCCUCUUUGCUUCAGUUUUUGAAGAACUUUAUGAAAAAGCAUGGAGGUAAUGCUCGCAGUUUUUGUUCUGACUUCAACUUGUUCAUCUCUUGUUUUAUUUCUGGACUUUUUGAGGUGAUCUUUUAUCACUGACACCACAGCUUCUCCCGGUUCUUUACCUGCUCUUCAUUCCUGACAGCCCAGAGGGAAUGUACAGCAGAGCCGGGAAGGGUGGGUUAACACAUAGAAAGAAAGGGAGGAAUAGAGACACACAAGGUGAAUGAUCAAUGCAAAAAAGAUACAAUUUACAGUCAGGGAAAGCAGAUGGACCAUGCCAGUGAUUUACAACAUAAAAACAGCAUUCACACACACAAUCAAAGCAGAAGACAGGAACUGUUUUCUAUGUCACGUUUUUAUCCAGUUGAUUCAUUUUCUUUGUUUUAUCAGGGAUGUGAUUCUAAAGAAAGCAAAAACCAGCAGCUAACACUUGGCGUUAAACUGAAUACAGCACUAACUCAAUAGCUUCUCUCUCUUGCUUUACACAUGACAACUUUGCAACCAAAAACGACUUUAUCUUAUUCUUUAUGUUUUUGGUUUUUGUUAAGGUGCCAUGUUUACUGUUGUUGAUGUUGUUUUUUUUCUCUCUUUUUAUUUUACAUUUUUGGCAAAACCUAGACUGUUUACCUACCACCUGCCACAGAAAAUGUGUUAAAAGACCUUCCUGACAGCACUGGAACCAUGAAGUCAGCAGCGUGCAAGGCCAUAAAAAGAUACAGAGACAGAUCGCCCUCCUCCUCAAUUUUACACCUUCCCAAAGGGAACAAAAUAUCUUUGUGUUUACGAACGCCACAGAGGCGCAUCUUGAUGAUCUGUCAACCAAAGGAGGAGGGCUAAAAACCCAAAGCGAGGCACUUGCACUAUAUGUGUGUAACAGAGCACUUGGUACAUUUGUGGUUGAUUUCUAGAGAGUUGAAAAUGUUUUUAUGUUCCACUAGCCCUCUUUAUUUUUAACUUAACUGGUUAUAAAAGGAAGUAACAGCAAAAAAAAUAUCUGACCACCCAGAUGUGGCUACUUCCCUUUUCUGAACCAUUAUUUGCUCCAAGAGUUUUGGAGAAGGGCGGAAUAAGUUAUAAGCACUUAAUUAGGUCACUCCUUCGUUAUAAAUGUGCCCUGCACAUUCCAUUCACUUUGCAAUAUGCAAGCAAAGCUUUGGCUCGACACGUAAACUUGUUACCCUCGAGAAAAAAAGAGGUAAAGAAUGCGAUUGGUAGAAAUAAUGUGGCUAUCUGAUUUGUCAUUUGAGUGUGUUCAUUUGAAUUCCAGCCUCCUUGUUGGCUCAAAGGCAGGAAACAAAAUCAAGGCCAAAUAGUUUACAGAUGUUUACUUCGUAGUGAUAAAUGGACCAACUCUUGUCUCACCUGGGGCUGUGUUCUACUUUAUUACAAUUCAGUCCUAUUGAAAGAAAUGUCCUGUGACAAAUGUUUCUACCAACAGGCACAUUGUGAUUCUGUUUCUGCAUUUAUUAUCUGCAUUAUAUGAAAUGUGUUUGAAUGCACGCUGAAAUCUUUAUUGGUAUUUCUGUCGCACACACAAGAUCAUUUUACACCAGAAUUAUUGAGAACCAACACCAGCUAAUAAACUCACAUGCUCCCCCAUUAAUACACAGUACUUCCACACCUGAAAAUCGUAGCUCGGUUAUGUUUGCUCAACUGUUUCUAUUUUGUCUAUUUUUUUUUUUCUUUGUCUGUUCAUGUAUAUAUGUAGUUCUCAUAUUUUCUCUAAGCUCCAUGUUUAUGACCAGUUAGCUCGGUCAUUGCAUCUGCCACCUUAUGAACAAGACAGAGUCAAGUAUGACAUCGCGUGAGGAAAUAAUGCACCGUUCAACCUCUCGGGCUAAUGUUGUUUUGAAUAUAGAGAUAGCCUUAAAGUCACUCUU